AGAAGAGGAGGCGGCUCUUCCAGGUCAAGCUUGCAAGCUCCUUUCUGUAACUCAGCGGUCAUGGGAGUUUCUGUGUGAUGUGUUCUGCGUGACUCUACUGGGUGUUGUGAGAGAAGGUUAGUCAAGCUCAGAACUCCAAACAUGUGUCUUCGCUGGAUGCUGUGAAUUUAGCUCAAGCAAGCUCAGAACUUCACACAUGGAUUUAGUCACCUAUGAUGACGUGCAGGUGAACUUCACUCAGGAUGAGUGGGCUUUGCUGGAUCCUUCUCAGAAGAGUCUCUACAAAGAUGUGAUGCUAGAGACCUAUAGGAAUCUCACAGCUAUAGGUUACAUUUGGGAAGAACAUACGAUUGAAGACCAUUUUCAAACUUCUAGAAGUCAUGGAAGGCAUGAAAGAAGUUGUUCUGCAGAGCAACCCUCUGAGUUUAUUCAAUGUGGUAAAGCCUUUGCAUAUGAGAGUGGUAGACAAAGGCAUCAAAUUAAACAUAAUGGAGAGAAACACCAUGACUGUAACCAAUGUGGUAAGGACUUUAGAACAUGGAAUGUCCUGCAAAUACAUAAGCGAACACAUACAGGAGAGAAACCCUAUGACUGUAAACAAUGUGGUAAAGUCUUUGCAAGAAGCUGUCAUCUCCAAAUACAUAAUCGAACACAUGCAGGAGAGAAACAGUAUGAAUGUAACCAAUGUGGUAAAGCUUUGAAAAGAAGGAGUGACCUCCAAAUCCAUAAGCGAACACAUACAGGAGAGAAACCCUAUGAAUGUAACCAAUGUGGAAAAGCCUUUGCAAGUAGUGGUGACCUCCAACAACAUAAACGAACACAUACAGGAGAGAAACCCUAUGAAUGUAAACAAUGUGGUAAAGCCUUUUCAGAAUGCAGUCAUCUCCGAAUACAUAAGCGAACACAUACAGGAGAGAAACCCUAUGAAUGUAAACAAUGUGGUAAAGCCUUUGCACAUAGCAGUCAUCUCCACAAACAUGAGCGAACACAUACAGGAGACAAACCCUAUGAAUGUAACCAAUGUGGUAAAGCCUUUGCAGUAAUCUAUACUCUCCAAAUGCAUAAGCGAACACAUACAGGAGACAAACCCUAUGAAUGUAACCAAUGUGGUAAAGCCUUUGCAGUAAUCUAUACUCUCCAAAUGCAUAAGCGAACACAUACAGGAGACAAACCCUAUGAAUGUAACCAAUGUGGUAAAGCCUUUGCAGUAAUCUAUACUCUCCAAAGGCAUAAGCAAACACAUACAGGAGAGAAACCCUAUAAAUGUAAACAAUGUGGUAAAGCCUUUACAAGAAGCUGUCAUCUCCGAAUACAUAAGCGAACACAUACAGGAGAGAAACCCUAUGAAUGUAACCAAUGUGGAAAAGCCUUUGCAAGAAGUGGUGACCUCCAAAAACAUAAACGAACACAUACAGGAGAGAAACCCUAUGAAUGUAAACAAUGUGGUAAAGCCUUUGCACAUAGCAGUCAUCUCCACAAACAUGAGCGAACACAUACAGGAGACAAACCCUAUGAAUGUAACCAAUGUGGUAAAGCCUUUGCAGAAAGCAGUACUCUCCAAAUCCAUAACCGAACACAUACAGGAGAGAAACCCUAUGAAUGUAACCAAUGUGGUAAAGCUUUUAUAACAAGGAGAGUCCUCCAAAUACAUAAGCGAACACAUACCGGAGAGAAACCAUAUGAAUGUAAACAAUGUGGUAAAGCCUUCGCAAGCAGUAGUGACCUCCAAAAACAUAAACGAACACAUUCAGGAGCGAAACCCUAUGAAUGUAAACAAUGUGGUAAAGCUUUUGCACAAAGCAGUCAUCUCCGAAUACAUAAGCAAACACAUACAGGAGAGAGACCCUAUGAAUGUAACUAGUAUGGUAAAGCCUUUGCAGGAAGCAGUGUUCUCCAAUGCCAUAAAAGAUAAAUACAGGAGAGACACCAUAUGAAUGUAACCAAGGUGGUAAACCCUUUGAAGGAAGCAGUGGUCUUGAAUAUCAUAAUCGAACACACACAGCUGAAAAACCCAGGAAUGUAACCAAUGUGGUAAAGUCUUUGCAGGAAGGAGUGACCUUUAAAGAGAAAAGACCAUACAGGAGAGAAACUCUAUGUAGGUAUCUGAUGUUAUAAAGCCUUUGCAGCAAGCAUUGAUCUCCAAGUACAUAAAUGAACAUAUACCAGAGAGGAACCUUUUAAACGUAACCAAUGUGGUAAAGCUUUUUCGAAAACCAAUAGUCUUUACACACAUAAAAGCACAUAUAGUUGAGAGAAAUGCUUUGAUUUUAACCAAUGUGGUUAAACUUUUUCAAAAAGCAGUCAUCAACAAAAUCAUGAAAGAGCACGUAUAGGAGAGAGAUUUUUGAAUGUUAGCAAUGGUGCUUUUAUAGCUUUUUCACAAAGCAGUGGCCUCCAAAUAUAUAAAGCAACACAUACAGGAGAGAAACCCUAUGAAUAUUGGCAAUGUUUUAAAACACUUCUACAUCACAAUCAUCUUCAAAUCUGUAAGGAACAUGAGGUUUUGAGAAAUCCUCUGAAUAACACCAAUUAGGGAAAGCAAUUGUACAAAAGAGUCAUCUCCCAACACAAAAGUAUACACACUAGAUAUAAACCCUAUGAAUAUAGGCAAUGUGGUAAACAUUUUAUAAGUCACAGUAGUCUCUAAGUAAAUAAAAAGAGACACAGUUGAGAAAAACACUAUGAAAUGAACAAGUGAACAGAGCCUUGUGCAUUAAAAUCUUCAAAUACAUAAAAGAAGACAUAGAGGUGAGAAAUCCGAUGUCUACAAGCCAUGUGGUAUUGCUUUCACUUGUCAGUCAUAUUCAAAGACACAAAAGAAAACAAAAUGUAACAAAAGGCUGAGUGUGUUUAAUAUGGUGAAACUUUUUGAAUAUUUUAGAGUCUUCACAAUGAAACAAUUCAUACUGCAAAUAAAUUUAGGAAUAUAAUAUGGUGAAACCUUUUCAGAUUUCCCAAAUCUUCAUCAUUAUGAAUGGGAAACCCAUAAAUGCAUUCAAUAUGGGGAAGCCUUUAAACAUUUCUAAUUCUUUAUAAUCCUGAAAAUAAUCAUACAAAGUUCAAGGGGAUACAAGAAAUGUUUCUUAUUGUCUUGCUUGAGUUACAGUCCUGACAUCCUUUGGUAUGAAUAUCAAUGUGGAAAUUGUGAGUGGAUGCCCUUUCCUCCCCAACUGCUUCUUGGUCAUAAUGUUUAUGCAGGAAUAGAAACCCUGACUAAGACAAAUUGGUAUCUGGAGUGGGGUAUUCCUGUGUCAACCUGACCAUGUUUUGGGAGGACUGUGGAAGGACUUUGGAACUUUGGGUUAGAAGAUCCAUUCUGUGUUAAGAACGCUGUGGGAUGUUGUGUAGGAGCUUGGAAGAUAAUGUUGAGAACCGUGCAGAAGAUGGAAGCCUGGCUUGUGAAAUUUUAGAGGGAAAAUGAAAGCCUCUUUUCAGGGCCAUUGUUACUUUGUGAAGAUUCUGUGGUUCUGGUUAACUGGGGCUGAAGAAUCAGCUGUGAUUAACAAGAUACCAGAACUACUAGAGUGAAAACUUUGCAUUACUGGGACUGUUGAUGCUGGUUAGCAGGAGCUAAGAAAUUAGCAGUGAUUAAGAAGAAACCAGCAUCAUUGAAGUGGCAUCAUCUGUGAAGUGUUUUCUGAGAGCACAGAGGAAGUGUUCUAGAGAUAAUCAAGGUGGUACCUUGUGCUGUGGCUGGACUUGGUAGUGUGUGAGUCUUAACCUCGUGGUACUGGUUUUGAAGGCAUGAAGGGAUAAUGCAGAGCAGCUAAGGCCCAGCACUUUGAGAGGUCAUGGAAGGCAACUGGUGAAGGUGCAGACUCAGGUGAAAUUGAUGGCCCAGUACUGAAGAGAUCAUGCAGUGUGUUGGAGUUGACAGGUCCAUGAUUGACCACGAAGAACAGCAGCAGCAGUAAAGUACAUGCAUCUGGAGCAUAGAGGACAAGUUGUGUGCUACAAAGGACAGGGUUGGAAAAGUGACCCAAGCCCUUGGUUCUUUUGGAGUUGUCCAAAAGAUCGUGAGUUGGAUCCCAGACAUUGGACAGUUGGAGUUUAAUUUUUACUUUUGAUUGUGACUGUGCCCUGAUGUUUUUCCCUCUUGAAGGAAACAAGUAUUUUAGUGGAUUCCAUUGUAAAAGGCUUUGGAUUUUGAAGGAUAUUGGAUAUUUUAAAAGCAUUGAACUUUUAAUAUGUAAAGUCUGUGGGGCUUUCAAAGUUGUGUAUAUCUUGGGCAUGAAUAAGAAACUAAGAGUUGAGCAUUACUAGUGAUGUGUUUGCGUGUCAAAUUGACAAGGUGUCAAUUAUACUGGCUAAUUUUGUGUCAACUUGACACAAGCUGAAGUUAUCACAGAGAAAGGAGCUUCAGUUGGGAAAUGCCUCCAUGAGAUCCAGAUGUAAGACAUUUUCUCAAUUAGUGAUCAAGGGGAAAGGCCCCUUGUGGGUGGGACCAUCUCUCUGCACUGGUAGUCUUGGGUUCUCUAAGACAGCAGUCUGAGCAAGCCAGGUGAAGCAAGCUAGUAAAGAAACAUCCUUCUGUGGCCUCUGCAUCAGUUCCUGCUUCUUGACCUGCUUGAGUUCCAGUCCUGACUUCCUUGGUGAUGAACAGUAAGCAGUAUGAAAGUGUAAGCCAAAUAAACCCUUUCCUCCCCAACUUGCUUCUUGGUCAUGAUGUUUGUGUAGGAAUAGAAACCAUGAAUAAGACAAGGGGUAUAAGGUAUGGAUUGUAAAAAAAAAGAUUAGACAAUAAAGAAAUGAAGAAAUAAAAUUAAUUUUUUUUAAAAAAGGAGGAUCAGACAGAAACAUUCCUUCCAAAUUAUACCUUUAUUUUCACACCAAUCAGGAUUUAGGGAUAGGGGCUUAUGUAGUUUACAGUGUCAUCUGUUAUAUAUUAUGGGUGUUAUAGCUUAACUAAUCAUAUGGAUUUGUUCUUUGGUGGUAAAGUACAGGUCUUAUGUUUUGAGGGGCACAAUGAAAAGCAGAAAGCAUUGUUAGAGACAGUCAUUAUGUUUUAAAAAGAAAAUAUGAGUAAAGUGAGGUUGGAUCUCCACAAUACCUAAUCCUUGGAAACAAACUUAGUUUCACCAUAUGAUUAAAUUCAGGAUAAUAACAAAAAGGCAAUACUUAGGGCCUGGUGUUUGGAUUUGAUUUGUUUUUCUGCUAAUUCCCAAUUGUGUAUUGAUUCUUAUGCUACUCCUGUUAAAUUCUUCCCAAAUUUCAUGAUAAUCCUGUACUGGGACACUGAGAUUCCCUGCCCCAAGCUGAUUAUAAAUGGGUAACAAAAGUGCCAGCAGCCAAUGGCUAGGCAGGCAACAAAGGCAGAACUUUUGGAUUCAUGGCAAGGGAAACAAAGAGGAUCUCCAUGCCAGUAAAGGAUUUGGAUGCCAGCUUCAGAGCUGGGAAAGACACAAUACCAGCCACAUAAAAGCUAGGAAAGAGUGACCCCAGUGUUCCCUCCUCUGAUUGGUUCUGGAGAAGCAAAGAUGGCCUCUAGAUUUAGGAAAUUAGGUGUAUCACAGGGGAACCAAUAGCAAUGUGGAUGUUUGGUAGUGUCCCAGCCAAUGAGCUGAUUUGGCAUAUUACAUAAUGCUGUUUGUCUUUCAUUUCAGACUCCAAAGUACUUGUAUGCUAAGCUAAGAACUUAAACAGGUGGCAUCCUAUAGUAGAGCAGAGUAACCAACUGAGUCUACAGAAGGCAUCACACCUACAGGAUGGAAUGCAAUAUUAAAAACUAAUUGGGGAUUCUCAAAUGAAAACCAAAUGCUAAGAUGUGAAAUUAAGGGAUGAGGAAAAUUGGUUUCUUAGUGGAUUCACUUGUUUUGCUGAGCCAUUUGAGUCCUCACUAGCUGUGCAGGUUCACAACUAAAACAAAAGUUGAGCUAAAAUGGUAUGCAUAAUUCUUGGAUUUGUGGAAUGAGCUGGGACUCAGAAAAAUGUCCCAAGCUGAUCCAGACAUCCUUGUUGGUCUGGAUUUUCCAUGAGCCCUCUUCCACCAUGAGCCCUUCUAAAAGAUUUCUGUCUGCCUCAAAUAGUUUAAGCUUGGAGGUGCAGUACAAAGAGACAGGCUGCUCAGAAAGCAACAACAGAGGUAGAUGGUAGAGGCUGCCCAGAGCUAUAAUCAGAAAAAAAGAAUAGAGAGAAAUCGAUGAGAUUUGUUUUAACUUCUUUUAAGGAAAAAUGAGCAGGUGGUGAUUGUGUAAGAGUGUUUGAGGCAAUCUCUGUGAAGGGCCCUAAUGUCUGCAGAGGAUUCUCCACAUGGCUGGCACCCUAGCACACCCAGGUCCUUGAGAUCAGUGGUAAGUGGAAUGCAAUAUAAGUUCCAAAAAAUACAGAGGGUCUUGUAAUAGUAGGAACAGGGACAAAGGACAGCAGCGUGACCAGCGACUGAGGUUAACUUCUGGUUGGAGCCACCCUCUCCCACCCCCAUGCAAUCUUUGGCCAGAUCUCAGCAGAGGGCCCAAAGGUCCCCAGAGGACUCUUCAUGCUGAAGGCCCCCUAGCACACUCUGGUCCUUGAGAUCACUGGUGAGUGGAAUGCAACAUCACUUCCAAAAAAUCCAGAGGGUCUUGUGCUAGCAGCAACAGGGUCAAAGGACAAAGGCAGGCCCUAGCACAUCCAGAAUCUUGGGAUCACUGAGAACUGGUUAUGCAGGAGAGUAAGUGGGCAGCAGAAGUAACUAAGCUUCUUGAACAAGGUCCCUACAGGCCUUCAUCCUCAGCCAGAAGACAGACCUAACACCCAGAACCCUAGACACUUUCCCUGCGAGAGGGGAGUCGGCCUCCAGGGAGGGCUCUGACCCCAGGAAUCAGGAUGUGGAUCUGAACUCCAGACUUCUGUGCACCUUCUCUGUUGGCACUUUCUCUUUAUGUUACCUAGGUCACAUUAUAUUUAGUGGAUAGGAUUAAAGACAAUUAAGACUGUAGUAAGAUUAAGGGAGAGUUUCCCUUAGAAUUUAAGACAUAUUUCAAACAACCAGAAUGGAGAUUUUUAAAUUAUGUUUAUUCUUUAAUUAUACUCCAGUCAUUAUCACCCCCCCAUUCCAACCACUUACAGUUUCUCAUCCCAUAUCCCGACCCCUCUGUACAUCUCCAUGAGGGUGUCCUCACACCCACAACCAUUCAACAACAUCCUGCCAGGCUUCCCCAAUCCCUGGGACUUCAAGUCUCUCGAGGAUUAGGUGUGUCUUCCCUCCCUGAGUCCGGGCCAGGCAGUCCUCCUCUGUAUAUAUGUUAGGGACCUUGGACCAACAAGUGUAUGCUGCCUGGUUGCUGGCUCAGAGUCUGAGAGAUUUCCAAGGUCAAGGUUUCUUGAGACUGUUGGUCUUCUUGUUGGGUUGUAAGACUCCCGGGAGCCUUAGCUUACUGGGGACCUGUGAGUGAACCAUGUGGGGCUGGAAUCAAUGGAAAAAGCAAGAGGAAUUUAUUGUUCCACUAAACUGGGGUCAUCCCAGACCCUAAGGAGAGGUGGUGACCCGCGUGCCUGUUCGGCGAGCUUUUAUAUGGUUGUCAGGGGCAAAAUAGAGCAUCAACCUGGCAGUGGUGGCAUACACCUUACAUUUAAAAGCUCAUAGUGGAUUGCCCAGACCCCUUAAUGAGGGCAAUGCUGCAGCAGGUUUGCAUAUCAGGCAGAGUAUAGGCAUUACACAGGAAUAGUUCCGCCACACACUCUCAUUCUUUUUGUUUGUUUUUUUUUUUCAUUUUUAAAAUUCUAUUUAUUUAUUUAUUUAUUUAUUUGUUUAUUGUAUGUAAGUACACUGUAGCUGUCUUCAGACACUCCAGAAGAGGGCAUCAGAUCUCAGUACAGAUGGUUGUGAGCCACCAUGUGGAUGCUGGGAUUUGAACUCAGGACCUCCGGAAGACCAGUCAGUGCUCUUUUUUUAAAAUAUUUUUAUUGGGUAUUUUCCUCAUUUACAUUUCCAAUGCUAUCCCAAAAGUCCCCCAUUCCCUCCCCCCACUCCCCUACCGACCCACUCCCACUUUUUGGCCAUGGCGUUCCCCUGUACUGGGACAUAUAAAAUUUGCAUGACCAAUGGACCUCUCUUUCCAGUGAUGGCCGACUAGGCCAUCUUUUGAUACAUAUGCAUCUAGAGACAAGAGCUCCGGGGUACUGGUUCAUUCAUAUUGUUGUCCCACCUAUAGGGUUGCAGUUCCCUUUAGCUCCUUGGGUGCUUUCUCUAGCUGCUCCAUUGGGGGCCCUGUGAUCCAUCCAAUAGCUGACUGUGAGCAUCCACUUUUGUGUGUGCUAGGCCCCGGCAUAGUCAGAUGCACUAAAAGAAACACUCUCAUUCUUUACAUCAUUAAAAUACUAAUAGGUUGAGACAACAAUUUGGUAUUUCUAGAAAAUGUGCAUGUCAAUUUAUAAAAACUUGUCUUCAAUGUCCUCAAUUUCUUCCUGUACUGCAUAAUGGUGUUAAUCCUUGAGAACACAUACCUAAUCAAGUAUGGCAAAUAGAUGUUACUUAUGUAUCUGAAUUUAAAAAAAUGUUAAACAAUGUACAUAUGACUAUUGAUAUCUUCUCAUGCUUUCUAUUUGCAACUGCUUUAACAGGAUAAGCAACUAAAUAAGGAACUAGUCAUUGCCUACAUUGUUUUUCUAUUCUUGAUGUUCAAAAUGACAGGAAGACAUAAAGUUACUGGCCAUUACAGUCA